AUGGUCAUGAAUCAUCAACAUCCGCAUCAACCUCAUCAUCUCUCAGAACCCAACACCCCAACAACCCCAAGACCCACCCUCUUCCUCUCCACUUCCGGCAAAUCCCUUCUCGUUUCCAACUCCAACAAAUCCCUUCUUCUCUCAAAUUCCGGUAAGCGCCUCGACACACCGAGAAAAAAAUAUGUCAAACAGGUCACCGGCCGCCACAACGACACCGAACUCCACCUCGCCGCCCAGCGCGGCGAUGUCGCAGCCGUCCGCCAAAUCCUCGCCGACUUUGAUUCCCACAUGAUCGGAAGCCUGAGCGGCGCCGAGUUCAACGCCGAGGUGGCCGACAUUAGGUCUGCCAUCUUCAAUGAGGUCAAUGAGUUGGGAGAAACCGCCCUCUUCACCGCCGCUGACAAAGGCCACCUCGACAUCGUGAAGGAGCUCCUCCCUUACACCACCACCCAAGCCCUUUCCUUCAAAAACCGCUCCGGUUUUGAUCCCUUGCAUAUUGCCGCUAGCCAAGGUCAUCAUGCAAUUGUGCAGGUGCUUCUAGAUAAUGAUCCUGGGUUGAUUAAGACAUUUGCACAGUCAAAUGCAACUCCUCUUGUAUCUGCUGCUACUCGGGGGCAUGCAGAUGUUGUUAAGUUGUUGCUGUCGCGGGAUCCUAGUCAGUUAGAGAUAUCUAGGAACAAUGGAAAGAAUGCACUUCAUUUAGCUGCUCGGCAGGGACAUGUGGAUGUUGUGAAGAUAUUGCUAGGGAAGGAUCCACAACUUGCUCGAAGAACUGAUAAGAAAGGACAAACUGCACUACAUAUGGCUGUUAAAGGGGUUAGCUGUGAAGUGGUGAAGCUGAUUCUUGCGGCCGAUACAGCAAUUGUCAUGCUUCCUGACAAGUUUGGCAAUACUGCAUUGCAUGUUGCAACCAGAAAGAAGAGGGCAGAGAUAGUGAACGAGCUGUUACUUCUCCCUGACACCAAUGUAAAUGCCUUAACAAGAGACCACAAGACAGCUCUUGACCUUGCAGAGGGGCUUCCGAUAUCUGAAGAAAUUUUGGAGGUCAAAGAGAGCUUGGUUCGUUGCGGUGCAGUUAAAGCCAAUGACCUUAACCAGCCAAAGGAUGAAUUAAGGAAAACUGUGACACAGAUUAAGAAAGAUGUUUUUUUUCAGCUUGAACAAACUCGAAAAACAAACAAGAAUGUGAGUGGGAUUGCCAAGAAGCUACGCAAAUUACACAGAGCUGGAAUAAACAAUGCUGCCAACUCAGUAACUGUGGUUGCUGUGCUAUUUGCAACAGUUGCAUUUGCUGCAAUUUUUACAGUUCCUGGUGGAGAUUAUGAUAAUGGGAUGGCUGUGAUGGUACAUUGUGUAUCUUUCAAGGCCUUCUAUAUAACCAAUGCUAUUUCACUAUUUACAUCAUUGUCUGUGGUUGUGGUUCAAAUCACACUUGUUAGAGGGGAGACAAAGGCUGAGAGGAGGGUUGUGGAAGUGAUCAACAAGAUGAUGUGGUUAGCCUCUGUGUGCACCACUGUUUCAUUCAUUACAGCAUCUUAUAUAGUAAUUGGUCGGCAUAGUGAAUGGGCUGCAAUUCUCGUUACUGUUACGGCGGGCGCCGUAAUGGGUGGUGUUCUUGGUACCAUGACAUACUAUGUGGUAAAAUCCAAACAAUUAAGAAGAGUGAGGAAGAAAGAGAAGAUCUCAAGGAUUGGAACACAAUCAUGGUGUCUCUCUGAUUCUGAUGAUUCAGAAGUAAAUCCAAUCUACGCCAUUUGA